UAAUAGUGAUGGUGGAGGAGUGAGCAUUAGCAGAUCUGUGCGCACACAGCGCUUGUCAUCGCAUCAGCGCUCAGAGCGGGGACGUGGGCCCUAGCUGGGCUGUCAUCCCUAGAAAUACCCCAGCUGCCGCUGCUAUAUGGUGAGGAAGAGAACGGAGAUGGAGAUCUGCAGCUGCUGACUGGUGAUUUAUUAAGGAGAUUCCAGAAAAGAAAAAGGUGUAUUUAUACAAAAACUACUCUUGUGAAACCAGUUGGCUCUUCAGGCUUGUCUUUGUUCUAGUGCUGACACUAGCUGUUGUUUUCACUGCCAGAAGGUGGAAUGUAUCUAUCUGACUUGAACAUAGAGAUGGAGCUGUGAUCCCGGAGACUUACCUGUCCUACCUACCAUCCACUCUGUAGAUGAGACCAUUCAGUCUGACAGCACACAGCAAGACUAGCAUACAAAUGUCUCCUACAAGGCUAAAGUGUGGCAUUUUCUACUUUUUUCCAUAAGCAACCAUAAGAUGAGCUCUAUCACAGACAGAGAUGAUGGGAGUAUUUUUGAUGGACUUGUGGAUGAAGAUGAUAAGGAUAAAGCAAAAAGGGUGUCUCGGAACAAGUCUGAGAAGAAGCGUAGAGACCAGUUUAACGUGCUCAUUAAGGAGCUUGGCUCUAUGCUGCCAGGAAAUGCUCGGAAGAUGGACAAAUCCACAGUGUUGCAAAAGAGCAUUGAUUUCCUGCGGAAACAUAAAGAAAUCAGCGCACAGUCAGAUGCAAGCGAAAUUCAACAAGACUGGAAGCCUGCGUUCCUUAGUAACGAGGAGUUUACACAGCUCAUGCUGGAGGCCCUGGAUGGCUUUUUCCUGGCCGUUAUGACAGAUGGAAAUAUAAUCUAUGUGUCAGAGAGUGUGACACCAUUACUUGAACACUUACCUUCUGAUCUUGUUGAUCAGAGUAUAUUUAAUUUUGUCCCCGAAGGGGAACAUUCAGAGAUCUAUAAAAUCCUGUCUACGCGCAUGCUGGAAAGUGGUUCUUUGAGUUCGGAUUACCUGAAAGCAAAAAAUGAGCUUGAAUUCUGCUGCCACAUGCUGCGGGGAACUGUCGACCCAAAAGAGACAGCUACGUAUGAAUUUGUAAAAUGCAUUGGAAAUUUCAAGUCCUUAAAUAAUGUGCCCAGUUCUACACGCAAUGGCUUUGAUGGUGCAUUACAGAGGUCUCUCAGGCCAACAUAUGAAGAGCGAGUCUGCUUUGUAGCUACUGUAAGAUUAGCUACGCCUCAGUUCAUUAAGGAAAUGUGCACCGUUGAGGAACCCAACGAGGAGUUUACAUCAAGGCACAGUUUGGAAUGGAAGUUUCUUUUCUUAGAUCACAGGGCUCCUCCAAUUAUAGGAUAUUUACCUUUUGAGGUGCUGGGGACUUCUGGUUAUGAUUAUUAUCAUGUGGACGACCUGGAGAAUCUUGCAAAAUGCCAUGAACAUUUAAUGCAGUAUGGGAAGGGCAAGUCAUGUUACUAUAGGUUCCUAACGAAGGGACAGCAAUGGAUAUGGUUGCAGACUCGCUACUACAUCACCUAUCAUCAGUGGAACUCCAGGCCAGAGUUCAUUGUCUGUACGCACACUGUAGUAAGCUAUGCUGAGGUCGGGGCGGAGAGGAGGCGAGAACUUGGCGUUACAGAUUCCCCGCCAGCGAUCAUCUCGGAUAAAAAUCAAGACUCAGUCUCAGACAAUCACAUAACCAAAGACAGCCUGAAGGAUGCCUUGGAAAGGUUUGACGACAGCAGGACGUCGUCACCAUCGUCUAAGAGCUCCAUCAAGUCAUCUUCUCACACAGCAGUGUCUGAUCCAUCAUCCACCCCAACCAAGAUUCCAACAGAGACCAGCACCCCCCUACGUCAGACUCUGUCUGGGUUGGAUAAGAGGCGGUCAUCUAUCAGCAGCCAGACCAUAAGCUCCCAGUCCCUUAACCAGCCGUUAUCACAGCCAGUACAGAAGCAGCCCGCUACUGCUGUACACUUGCAGCCAGGAAUGACUCAGCCCAUAUUUCAGUUUACAGCACAGUUUGGAGCUAUGAAGCACCUAAAGGACCAGCUGGAGCAAAGAACCCGGAUUAUAGAGGAGAAUAUUCACCGGCAGCAGGAGGAGCUGCGUAAGAUUCAGGAACAGCUGCAGAUGGUGCAUGGGCAGGGCUUCCAGAUGUUUUUGCAGCAGCCGACAUCCAACCUAAGCUUUGGACCAUUGCAGGUCUCUUCUGGCAACAACUCGAACAUGCAACAGCUUCCCCAGCUGACCAUGCAGGGCCAAGUGGUUCAGACUAACCAGCUGCAGGGGAGUAUGAGCAGCUGCCACCUGGGAACUCCGCACAUACUACAGCAGCAGCCCCUGCAAAACACCUGCCAGCAGGGCCAGCAGAAUAUGCAUGGAGGGCACUCGCAGCAGACAUCUGUGUCCAGCCAGACACCGGGGACUCUCACUGCUCCGCUGUACAACACUAUGGUGAUCUCACAACCAUCUUCUGCUAACAUGGUGCAAAUGCCAUCCAACAUGCAACAGAGCAACCAGGGGGCAUCUGUGGCCACAUUUUCCCAGGACAGACAGAUCAGAUUUUCACAAGCUCAACAAAUCGUGACUAAACUUGUGACCACGCCGGUGGCUUGCGGAGCAGUUAUGGUUCCAAGCACAAUGUUCAUGGGUCCAGUGGUAACUGCAUACCCGACAUUUGCCACACAGCAGCAACAACCGCAGACCAUUUCAAUUACGCAGCAACAGCAGCAAAGCCAGCAAGACCAGCAGCAGCUCCCUACUGUGCAGCAACAGCAAGCACAAGCACAUCUUGGCCAGCAGACGCAGCAGUUCCUGCAGGCCUCCAGGUUAGUUCAUGGAAACCAGUCGGCUCAGCUCAUCCUCUCCUCUUUUCCUGUACAACAAAGCACUUUUGCUACAUCGCACCAGCAACAGUUAACUCGGCAUAGGACAGACAGUAUGAGUGACCCAUCUAAGGUCCAACAACUGUAGUAAUGACUUGUAGUAGACUUCUCUGCAGAAGAACGCGGAUGGACUGGCUUGGCAGUAUUGAGAAUUGCUAAUCACUAUCAACGCAGCACAAUGAAUGUUUGGUACGAGCGGACAGAGCUCAUUCACGUCAUGGGGAACAGCAUCUCGCUGCAGCUCUCUUACUUGUUUUCUUGUAUAUUGUCAGUAGCACGUUGGUGUGUCAAGGUACAUUUUAUUUAUUGGAAUCCUUUGGUCCUAUAGGUGCUUGCAAGCUCCCAUCCACUAUGUAUAGACCCUUUGGUGUGUACAAGUGGCGGCUUCAGUAUUUCCUCCUUAUUUUUACAUUUAACUCAAUUUUAUUUUUUGUGAGGCACAAUGGUUAUUGUAUUUAGGAAAAUAGGACUUGCUCCUGUGUUACAUUAAGUUUUCCUUAUUUUAGCAAAACAUACAAUACAGGCAAUGUGUCCUCUAACAUCCUUGAUGCAGUUGCGCUAAACAGCACUUGAAGUCGUGCCAUUCCGUGGCGGGACUCUGUAGCACAGUGUCUUUUUUUCAUUUUUUUUUUCAUAAAAGUGCGUC